GGCAGAUAUAUUAGGGAGGUACUUAGCUAAUUGAUUUUGCUCCGAGUUCCAAGUUCCAAGUUCCAAGUUUCAAAGUACAGACUCUCAAUCUUCCCAAUCUUCAGUUAGAAUCAACCAAGUAUGAAAGUGGUUCGAAUGAAUGCUUAAUCCCGCCCCACUCCGUCUCCUUACUACUUCAACAAGGCGCACAAUGGCCUCAACGCCAAAAGAUAUCACCAUAAUUGGUGGAGGAAUUAUCGGCUGCUGCACUGCGUAUUUCCUCACUCGCCACCCUUCCUACUCCCCGGACACGCAUCGCAUAACUCUCCUCGAGGCUUCGUCGAGUAGUGCUGGAGGUCGCACCCCAGAAAGCAUCCAGGACCCAGCAACGCUAGCCGACCCCACAACCGCCUCUAGGAAGAACCCCGCUCACGAUGGUAUCGCGGGCGGCGCAAGUGGCAAAGCAGGUGGCUUACUCGCGCUGUGGGCUUUUCCGUCGGAAAUAGUACCGCUAAGUUUUAGAUUGCACAGCGAGCUUGCAAAGGAACAUGGUGGGGAUAAGAGAUGGGGAUACAGACGGUGUUAUGCUAGCCAGAUCGAUUGCCGCGCGCGUCUACCGCCUGGGUUUGACAGCGGCGUGGCGGGCGAAACAGAACUCGCUAGCGGCGAAGCGGAGCAGCGCUCAAAGGGCCUUCAUAAGGACCAUAAGACAGAUAUAAAAACCCUCCAGAAGCUUGGCGCCCCGGAAGACCUAGAUUGGCUGGAUACGGAGGAGGCCCUAGCUGCCUACGAGGUAAUGUCCACCCCGGACAAGACAGCCCAGGUUCAUCCUGAAUUAUUCACGCGAAGUAUGGCCCAACUAGCCGAGGAACAAGGAGCGAAGAUCGUGACAGGUGCGAGAGUCACGACCAUCAAUAAGACUGCGGACGGCAAAAGCGUAGAGAGUGUAACGUAUAUUAAAGAUGGCAAAGAGGAAGUCCUACCGGCAACAGACUGCGUAGUAGCCGCAGGCCCGUGGACCCGUCGUCUCUUACCUAACGUCCCUGUCACCGCGGCUCGCGCGCACAGCGUCGUCAUCAAGACGCCGAGGCCCAUAUCCGCAUACGCGCUCUUCACUUCAAUAUUGCUUCCUACCGGCUUCCCCACCCCAACACCACAGGACGCUAGGCGAAAAUCUACUACCACGCGACCCCUAAUAGGACAACAGAUUGUAGAGCCCGAAAUCUACGCACGGCCGGAUGGUACCGCGUAUGCUUGCGGACCCACAGAUAACGCUGUCGAGUUACCUCUGACAAGCGCCGACGUCGAAGUCGACACGGCGCGGUGUGACGAUAUUAUAUACCAGGUCGGCGGAAUAAGCGAUGAGCUGGGGAAAGACGGACAGGUUCUUGCCAAACAGGCGUGCUAUCUGCCCCAAGGAGGUCCUUGGAUAGGCAAGGUGGACAACACGGAAGGGCUGGUCGUCGCGGCGGGACAUACUUGUUGGGGUAUCCAGAACGCUCCUGCAACAGGGAAGUUAGUGAGCGAGAUCAUUUUGGAGGGUAAGGCGAAGAGCGCAAAACUGGGGAGCUGCGAUCCGGCGCGGAUGGCUGCGCUAUGGAGGUAGUUGAGCGUAGAGGCUGAAUAUAAUGAUAGAUUUUGAAAUAAUGGGAUAUCGGAUCACCGUCUUUUUCCCUUUACUAUAAAUAAUUCCCCUAGCUACACAAUAAGACAGCGAAUCCGAUGCAGGCCCUAGUCUCAAUUAUCUAAUGGUCAGUAAUUAAUUUUAAC